CUAAGGUUAACUAUCUUAUCGGGCUGGCGCGCUAGUGAAAAAAGUCGGACAUCCACCAAAAUUUCUCAAAUCCAUCGAUAAUCCAGCACAACGACAAGCUGGCUCAGAAAGAAACACCGCCAACAUGAGGUAAGAAUCCAAACUCCCCUUUCCCAUCAUAAUAUUCUUCAGAAAUCAUUGAAAUUUUGAGAUCUCAAUUGCAAUUUUACUUUUUGACCAUGAAUCCGUCAGUCGCAAUCUUUAACUCUGCUAACUCAUCACAAUUUUAGAAUUGAAACCUGUUACUUUUGCUCGCAGCCCUGCUACCCAAGCAAGGGCAUAACAUUCGUUCGCAACGAUGCGCGAAUCUUUAGAUUUUGUCGUAGUAAAUGCCACAAGAAUGUACGUUUCAUCCAGUCUAUUCAUCUUACGAUGCAGAACAAUCGAGACCUCAUUCUCAAACUCACAACUUUUUCUCAAUUCUUCCUAUCGCCAGACCGAAACUGACACUCUCUUUCUAGUUCAAAAUGAAGCGUAACCCCCGUAAACUCAAAUGGACCAAAGCUUUCCGUAAAGCUGCCGGCAAAGAAAUGGUCGUCGACAGCACCCUCAACUUUUCCGCUCGCCGCAACGUCCCAGUCCGUUACAACCGUGAUCACAUCGCCACCACCCUCAAAGCUAUGCAACGUGUCUCUGAAAUUCGGGCCCGUCGCGAACGUGUCUUUUACAAGAAGCGCAUGGAGGGUAAUGUCGCCAGACAAAGAGAAGCCAACAGAAAAUUGGUGGCCGAGAACGAACACUUAUUGCCAAAGAUGCGUGGAAGUGAGAAGAAGAGACUUGAGGAGUUGGGAGAAGAAGUUCAUGAGUUGGAUUUGGAGAGAGAGCAAAGAAGUGUAUUUGGAAAGCAAAAGAUCAGGCUCAAGGAGUUGGUUGAUGGUGGUGUGGAAGAGGCUGAUGAUAUGGAGAUGGAUGAUUGAGGGAUUUUUGAAGAAACCGCCACUUCAGAUUGAUGUUAUGUAUGGUUUGGGAUGGCCAUCAGAAGCUGGUUUGGAAACGACAAGGUUGUUCUGUCCAACUACUUUCGAAUCGCCAAUAUCUGGAUCAACAAUGUUAGAAUGGCUCACCAGAAUAUAUCAUGGAAAAUCAAUCUUUAUUAAGGGAGAUGGAGUUAUGGAACUAUAAAAAAAGGCGUUUGGUAUCACAAUAAUUAUAUUAGUCUACCUAGAUAUCUUAGGAAAUUUCACGAUAUAACAAUUGUAAAGACAAGAUUGAAUAUCUCGAUAUUCUUUCUAUUUACAGC